CCCAGAAGGCGUUUUGAUACACGUGUCUAUAACAAUAAUGGCGUCACCGGCGGUCGGGUUGCUCACAAUUUUUGCUCUGUUUUUGUUAAUUGGUCAAAGUGUAGCAGGACGUGACUUCUAUGGAAUUCUUGGCGUAUCACGAUCAGCGAAAAUAAAUGAAAUCAAGAAGGCAUAUCGGAAACUUGCCAAAGAAUUACAUCCCGACAAGAACAAAAAUGAUCCCCAGGCUCAAGAGAAAUUCCAGGAUUUGGGUGCAGCCUAUGAAGUACUCUCAGAUGAAGAGAAGCGGAAAACGUACGACAAAUUUGGAGAAGAAGGCCUGAAACAUGACUCUCUUGGUGGGAGUGACCCUUUUGCUAGUUUCUUUGGUGACUUUGGAUUUUUUGGAGAAGGCUCACGUAACGAGGCCCGUGAGACACCGAGAGGGGCAGAUGUUACUAUGGAUCUUUGGGUCACCUUAGAAGAGCUGUAUUCUGGUAACUUUGUGGAAGUGGUCAGAAACAAACCAGUAGCCAAGCCGGCCAAAGGCACUCGGCGCUGCAACUGUCGACAAGAAAUGGUGACGAGGCAAUUAGGUCCUGGCCGUUUUCAAAUGACUCAGCAAACAGUAUGCGAUGAAUGCCCUGCUGUCAAGCUUGUUAAUGAAGAAAAACUAUUGGAGGUUGAGGUUGAACCUGGAAUGAGAGAUGGACAAGAGCAAGUUUUUGUUGCUGAAGGCGAACCUCAUAUUGAUGGAGAUCCUGGUGACCUGAAGCUAAAGAUUCGCACACUACCGCAUCCAGUCUUUGAGAGAAAAGGAGAUGAUUUGUAUACCAAUGUCACCAUUUCAUUAACUGAUGCCCUAGUAGGUUUUGAGACUGAAGUUACACAUCUAGAUGGCCACAAGGUCACUAUAGCACGGGAGAAAGUUACAUGGCCCGGAGCUCGGCUACGCAAAAAGAACGAGGGCAUGCCAAAUUACGACAACAACAAUCUAAAGGGCACUCUGUAUGUUACGUUUGAUGUGGACUUCCCCAAGGGAGACAUGAGCACUGAGAAUAAAGAGGCAAUCAAGAAAAUACUCGGUGAAGAGUCGAAGACAAAGAUAUAUAAUGGACUAAGAGGUUACUAGUGAGGUGUCGCAAUUAUGUAGCGCAUAGGUACACAUCAAUCAUACUUCUCAUUCCAUUUUGUUUGGACCCUGUGUUUGAGGUGUUGCAUCAUAGUUCUUCUCUGACUGAAGCGCAGAGCAGGUUAGCAGUGCAUUGUUACUCCGGCAAGUUACCCUGUGAAAGUGAUUCUCUUCGGACACUGCCCUUCACUUGGAAGAGACUGUGAACCUGCUGCUGUUUGAGGACAUCAAAUGUGUGAGUGUGUGUGUGUCUGUGUGCAUGCUUGAAAGGCAGGAGGGGAAAAAGACGAGAGUACAAUAAAGGUAACUUUUAUAUGUGCAUGAUAAUGCAUGCUGUAGUACUUUGAACGAACACUGAAGUGUGUACUUGACUUAAAUGAUGGUAUGAAUGCUCACAAGACAGUGUUUCAAGGCAAAGCGAAUGUGGCAUAAAUGAGUUUGGACCAUGAUAUAUUUAUUUUACUUUGUCCCCCCCCCCCCCUUUUUGUAUCUAAGAGCUGUCUUCGUUUUUGGUAACAGUGCAUGUACUAAGUCAGGCCUAAGUCAGUAGCAGGGGCAGAUCUAGGGGAUCUGGAUGUCCUUACUCCCCUCUAUUUCUGUUGUAACUGAGUGCUUCAAUUUACCUUAGGCGGUGUAUAUAGCAUGCUGUCCUAUACCAAGAUCCCCCUAAAAAUAGAUCCGCCCCUAGCCAGUUGUACCCAGCUCCGGACCAGUGUGCCAUUAAUACCAUGUCAAACUGCAAGAGUACAUGUAUGAUCAAGACACCGCAUAAAAGAAUUACGUGAAGUGUGGACCCUACGAACACUGGUUUCCUGUCACAGGAGAGUGAAUUUCCUUCGACGUGAUGCAAACGUUCCUGAGAUAAGAUACCACUCUAGUAAGAGAUGUGGUUCGUCAUCUUUGCCACAAGCAGCCUGUUGCUUUGUCUGCAGCUCAAAGCUGCUUCACUUUGAACUGGAUCUUGUGUACUGACCUUAAAAGCUUGGAGGUUUUUCAGUGUUGUAAAAGUGUGCAAACAAUUGCGGUAAGCAGGUUUCUGCAUCACUACAUGUGACUGUUCUUGAGUAAUUGGCUUUUGUGUUCAGGUUCAGCUGGAGCAGGCAUAAUGGUUGGAGUGUAAUGCCUCUAUUGCUUUGAAAUAGGUAAGAAAUCUAUAGCAUCGCUGGUACUUCUACUUUACUUUUUUCAGUGGUAGUGGUAUAUACAAUGUGCAACAAAGCAUUCUGUGUGGAUUGAAAGGGGUAGCUAAGUUCAGUUCUGAAUUAUCUGAAUUGAAUAAACUUAAAAAAUUUGCAAAGUCAA